UUCAAUUCCAUCAGUUGAGCGCGAGACGCGGUACUGAGGUUGCGUGCACUCGCUUGACGGAGUGAGGAACGCGGCACAGGCAGUUGUACGGAGGACUUUAUGAAUUUUCUGAUUCUGAACAUGAACUUCGUAUCAACAAGACAUCGACACAAGCAUUCAGAUAGAGCUAUUAAGCAUUAAAAAGUGAACAGACCAAACGGUAAUUUAAAAGGUGUGCAUGCAUAUUCAUAGGACAUAGGGCGGUACUCGCUCCUCAAAGACAACCUAUAAUUUCAAAAUUGUUACACUAAAGUCCUGGAAUAUUUCUUCAUCCUGUAUAUUUUCUUCCCUCGUUCUACCUCUGCCAUCUUUUGGUCAAGUUUGAGGCAUCGAGAGAUUUCUAUUGCAGCUGCUUCAAGGACUGUAGAUCAUUGGAACGGCAUUUAAUAGCCACUGGACUUGCCUCAUCGCGGAGUUUUUGACUCCUCAUAAUGGGGUAUAGUGGACAAACUGCCAGAAGUGGAAGAAGAGGAGUUGCGGGAUACUUACUGCGGAUGAUCGUCACAUCUUUCGUUUUGUUAAUUGUCCUCGUGGAUAUCGGAGCAGCUCAAGUGAGAGAUGACGACGACUUCAUGGGAUUGGGUGACCUGCCCGAGACCUUCCCUUCGGACCCGCCCGAGCCCCUCCCUGUGUUCCUGAUGGAGCCGGAGGAGGCGUACAUCGUCAAGAAUAAACCUGUCAAUCUUUACUGCAAGGCCACGCCCGCCACCCAGAUCUACUUCAAGUGCAACAGUGAGUGGGUCCAUCAGAAGGAGCACACGGUGGAGGAGAAGGUGGACGAGAACUCUGGCCUGGUGGUGCGAGAGGCCAGUAUUGAGAUCACGAGGCAGCAGGUGGAGGAGCUCUUCGGGCCGGAGGACUUCUGGUGUCAGUGUGUGGCCUGGAGUUCCGCAGGGACCACCAAGAGCCGCAAGGCCCACGUACGCAUCGCAUAUCUCAGGAAGACGUUUGACCAGGAGCCUCUGGGAAAGGAAGUCUCUCUAGAACAGGAAGUGCUUCUUCAGUGCCGCCCACCAGAAGGGAUCCCUGCUGCUGAGGUGGAGUGGCUAAAGAAUGAGGAGAUCAUUGACCCUGCUGAUGACCGUAACUUCUACAUCACCAUCGACCAUAACCUGAUCAUUAAGCAGGCCAGAUUAUCAGACACCGCUAACUACACGUGUGUUGCAAAGAACAUUGUUGCUAAGAGACGGAGCACCACCGCAACAGUCAUCGUCUACGUGAAUGGCGGCUGGUCCACGUGGACUGAGUGGACGGUUUGCAACAGCCGCUGCGGACGCGGAUUUCAGAAGCGAACGCGGAGCUGCACUAACCCCGCCCCGCUCAACGGGGGCGCCAUCUGCGACGGGCAAGGCAUCCAGAAGCUGGCGUGCAACCCGCUGUGCCCAGUGGACGGCCUGUGGACGGAGUGGAGUAAGUGGUCCACGUGUGGGACAGAGUGCACCCACUGGCGGAGGAGGGAGUGCGGCGCCCCGGCUCCCAAAAACGGGGGGAAGGACUGCGAGGGCGUGGUGCUCCAGUCCAAGAACUGCACCGAUGGCCUGUGCAUGCAGAGUUCCUUAUUUCAGAAGUCCUCUGAAUUCGACAGAGACAAGAUUGAUUUGGGAAAUCCAUCUGCCCCCAGUACGGACGACGUGGCGCUGUACGUUGGCAUCGUCAUCGCCGUGAUCAUGUGCCUGGUCAUCUCCGUCAUCGUGGCGUUGUUCGUGUACAGGAAGAACCACCGGGACUUUGACUCUGACAUCAUAGACACCUCUGCCCUCAACGGGGGCUUCCAGCCUGUCAGCAUCAAGACGGCUCGGACAGCUGACCUCCUGACGGCGCCUCCUGACCUGACCUCAGCGGCCGCCAUGUACCGCGGCCCCGUCUACGCCCUCCACGACGUGGCUGACAAGAUCCCCAUGACCAACUCACCCCUUCUAGAUCCGUUGCCCAACCUAAAGAUCAAGGUGUACAACUCCUCAGGCCUGGUCACUCCCUCGGAAGAUCUGUCAGACUUCUCCUCCAAGCUGUCACCCAAGCUGCCACACUGCCUCCUAGAUGGUGACACCAUGGGGAGGCGCACCCAGACACAGACGCUACUCCGCACCGGCACCAGGGACCCCUCAUGCACCGCCAUGGGCUCCUUCAACUCCCUGGGGGGCCAUCUCAUCGUCCCCAACUCGGGGGUCAGUCUGCUGGUCCCAGCUGGAGCCAUCCCUCAGGGGCGAGUCUAUGAGAUGUACGUGACUGUUCACAGGAAGGACAGCAUGAGGCCCCCGGUCGAUGACUGUCAGACGGUGCUGAGUCCAGUUGUGAGCUGCGGGCCCCCGGGGGCCCUCUUGACCCGCCCGGUCAUCAUCACCAUGCACCACUGCGCUGAGGCCGACUGUGGUGCCGCGGAGGAUUGGCUGAUUCAGCUCAAGAGCCAAUCACAGCAGGCCCAGUGGGAGGAGGUGGUGGUAGUGGGGGAGGAGAACUUCACCACUCCGUGUUACAUCCAGAUGGAUGACGAGGCGUGUCACAUCCUGACAGAGACCCUGGGGACCUACUGCCUGGUGGGCCAGUCCUGCAGUGCCGCCACCACCAAGAGGCUGAAGCUGGCCAUCUUCGGCCCCGUCACCUGCCCUGGCCUGGAGUACCACAUUCGAGUGUACUGCCUGGACGACACACAGGACUCACUCAAAGAAGUCCUGCAGAUGGAGAAGCAGAUGGGAGGGAAACUGCUGGACGAACCAAAGACCCUCAACUUUAAGGACAGCACCCACAACCUGAGGCUCUCCAUCCACGACGUCCCGCACACUCUGUGGAAGAGCAAGCUGCUAGCAAAGUACCAGGAGGUGUCAUUCCAACAGGUGUGGUCCGGUUCCCAGAGGAACCUCCACUGUACCUUCACUCUGGAGAGGUUGUGCCCCAGCACCGUGGAACUGGCCUGCAAGCUGUGUGUUCGACAGGUGGAGGGUGAAGGGCAGAUCUUCCAGCUGGACACCACCCUGUCAGAGGACACCCAAAACAUCGACACGUCUCUGCUGGACCCGGCCAGCAACAUCACCACAUUGGUGGGGCCCAACGCCUUCCGCAUCCCCCUCUCCAUCAGACAGAAGCUCUGCGGAAGUCUGGAUGCACCGCAGACCCGAGGGAAUGACUGGAGGAUGCUGGCCCACAAACUACACCUGGACAGGUAUCUGAACUACUUUGCCACUAAGUCCAGUCCCACGGGGGUGAUUUUGGACCUCUGGGAGGCUCAACACUUCCCUGACGGGAACCUCAGCCGCUUGGCUGCCGUCCUGGAGGAGAUGGGUCGCCAUGAGAAUCUUGUGCCCAUGGCAACGGACCACUGACACCAGUCUGUCAAAGAACAGGACGUUCCAGGGAGUAGUGAGGAAGGAGAGAAUCUGUUAGGAUAUUCCAGGGAGGAGAGGAAGAUAAUCUGUUUGCUAAAAUAGAUAUGCCCCCACUUAAAGCAUGUUGGAGGUAACAUUUUGAGGAAGGAAAGAGGAUGUUAGUCAGUCCUGUUUGUACUCUCUUAAUUUUCUUUACCACGAUACAGUUUCCUAGGAAACGCUUGAUAGUGCUGUCCAUAUACUGGAUGUUCUCCUUCGGUCCCUGGACGUCUCUCUGUGGUGACAGACUGGCUCAGAGCAGAGGACCAUUGAAAGGAAGGGGCGUGGCCAUAGGGGGUGGCCCCUUCCACUCAAACUGCCCCCAUGGAUCUCCAUGGUAACCCCCAAAACCAACUUAAAUGUUGAAGGACUCGUCAACAUUUCUGAUAAAUGAACUUGUUUCAGUGACGGUAUAGGUCUGUAUUUAUAACAUCUAUUUAUACACAAAUAUCUCGUUUAGCAUUUUAUGCAGCCUAAUAUUGAUUAUUUGGAGCUUGUGUGUUUUUCCCCCUGCUUUCGUUGCGAUUUUCUAUUCAUUUUGUUUUAGUGCCCCCUGGUGGACUGUCGUAGUAAUGACACCUACAGUCACUGUUACGAAGCCAAUAGAGCAACCUGUACAUAUGCCAAACUUUGAAAACUGAAACAUUUUACAGUUUAAGACUGUCAUUAUUAUUACAUUUUAUAAUUCCUAUUGUGUAUUAUUGUUUUACAUUUCAUUUUUGUUACUUUACAUUCUGCUAUUAUUUACAAUUUGCCAUUUAGUUUGGAGAGUAGACAUUUUGAUUUAGCUUGGUCUAUCGAGUGUUGACUUAGGUCAGAGAAAAUUAGUCAGUUAGUUGUCUUUCACUACAAGCAUGUCGGCAUAAUGUGGUCGUCAAGUUGCCAAGUCAGUCCAUUUCAUUUAAAGUCAGAACUUCAACUUCAACCACACUAACAUUGUCUAACAACAACCUUAAAUUAAGACCAAAAAAUAUGUUUUCGAUAGACAAUUCUGACUUUGCCAUGUAGCUCUGGUUAGCCCUGCUCAUACCUGGUUCCAACAGACAAGCAUAGUGCUGAUCUUUGUAAUGGUCCACACUUUCAAUGUGCCCAAGUUUUUGGACAAACUAAAGACACAUUGUUAUAUAAUGUUUUAUGUGUAACGAGACCAGAUCAGUAAGAAGCAUUUUAGGAUCAAAUAUAUACCAGGGCUAGAGACUCAUCUCAUCCUUCUGAUUUGACGACUGCAGCCACACAAGCCAGAACCAGGGUUAAGGAAAAGAUGCAAAAUGGAUCGUUAGUUGAUAGUAUAUUUUUCUAGGACUGAUGAAGCCUGAUACAUUUACCUUUUUACCAAAUAACUGACAUUUGUGUAAAAUCCCACACUAACGUCCUCCGUCAUGAAGUGUGAAUAGCUUACCUGUAAUACGAUUGUUUCAUGAGAGCAGAUUACUGAAUGACAACACUAUUGCUUACUGUUGAUGGCGGGAAUUAAAAUAGGUGAAAUCCUUGGAGAUUUGAUGGAUUAUCUAUUUAUUUAUCUUGCAAAUAGGACAACAUUACAUGUAAGGUUUGUAUGAUAGCAUAUGUGUAUAAUAAAUGAAGAUCGGGUCAACGCAAAAUCCUUUCAAAGCUGCAGCAGCACUGAUGAGUCUUUUGAUUUGUUUUGUUGUAUGAUAAUUUUACCUAAAGCCGUCUAUGCAAGAUUUGCAUCCUUUAUAAACGAAAUGUUCGUGCUGACAAGUGCUAGCCGUUGCAUUCCAUCUUUCCUGAGGCUUCAUGGGUAAUAUUGUAUGUGUAGUGAGAAUGUGACCAGUUCUGUUUCCGGCACUCUUGUUGUGUUACUUGCAAACGCUUGCAUAUCCUCGGUCAAGUCCUGUACAAAGUGUAAGAAAGAAUUUUUAAAACUAAUAAAUUAUAUUUAUAUGCAACA